AUGGAAGAUAUAUACCAUCCUGAGGUAGAUGUUGAAUACCUCGAGGACUAUGUGCCCGGUGGAUACCACCCAACCCUCAUCGGAGAUACCUUUUGUAGUGGCCGCUACAGCGUCGUUCACAAGCUUGGUUUUGGAGGAUAUUCAACAAUUUGGCUAGCCUGGGAUCAGCAACGCCAGCGCUACGUAUCGCUAAAGAUACUGACAGCGAGGGCAUCGCCAGAUAGUCAUGAGUGGGAAGUCCUGCAUUACCUGAUGAAGAGUGAACAUACUCAUUCUGGAAAGCGAUUCAUUCCGCAGCUACUGGACCAAUUUUCGUUUCAUGGUCCAAACGGACAUCAUCGGUGCUUGGUCGGAGAGCCUGCUGGUGGUAGUAUUGCCCAGUCCAAGGAGGACAGCACAAAUUUCAUGUUUCCACUGGACGCUGCUAGAUCCACUGCCGCCCAGCUCCUCAUAGGGCUGUCUUAUUUGCAUGCAAACGGCGUAUGCCACGGAGAUCUCCAUUUGCGCAACUUUCUCUUACGCGUGCCGGACUUUGACGACCUAAGCACAGCUGAGCUAUACAAGCGCUUCGGUGAACCCUCCGAGGUUCCUAUCCGACGAGUGGAUGGGAAGCCAGUUGAACCCCACGCACCGCCGCAUGCCAUCUAUUCCAUGGUUUUGAGCAUGCCUGCCAACGAGGUGGAUAAUCCGGAAAUCAUCAUCUCGGACUAUGGAACGUCCUUUAUUGUGGCAGACACCCCCACACCAACUCUCCACACCCCAGCUCUCUACUCUCCACCAGAGGACUUUUUCAACGAACCCAUCAUCCAGCCCACCGCUGCCGAUAUAUGGACUUUAGGUGUCAACUUGUACGAGGUUUUAGGCGAGCGUCCACUCUUCGAAACAUUUGCCUGGGACCGAGAUGAUAUUGUCGCCGAAAUGAUCAAUACGCUGGGCCAGCCGCCCGUGAGAUGGUGGAACUCUUGGCAUAAACGUUCCGAAUUCUUCAAGGAGGAUGGGUCAUGGGUCGAUGACUUCCGCCGUAUCAGCACUCCCGUCUUCCGGCGUCUACGCCAGCGCCUCUGGGACAUGGGCCGUGGCGAGACAGAGCAGACGUGUGAAUGGGACAUUGCAGGUGGGGAACUACGUGCGUUGGAGGACUUGCUUAGAGCUAUGAUGGCGUUUGAACCGGCGGAACGACCUACAGCGGACCAACUCCUGGGGUAUGAGUAUAUGGUGAAGUGGGCGUUGCCCGCCUGGAAGAGGCAGAAAGGGCAGAAGAGGCAAAGUGCCCAGCCUGCAGAUGAGGAGCAUUAG